UAUUGCUGUUGUUAUUAUUGUUGUUGUUAUUAUUAGUAGUAGUAUUAUUAUUUAGAAAUUCAUAUUUAAAUAAUGUACCCAGUUAUUUUUUGUAGCAAACAGUUUUAGUUAAUUAAAAUUAAUUCAGCAUGAAACCUUUUUUUUGCCUAUUGCUUUUAUAAAUUAUCAUAGGGAAGAAUUUAAUGCUAUUUUAUCAGUUGACUUAAAAAAAAUCACUGCUUUGCGUUUUACAUAACACGCUGUUGUAUCAGACGUCUUAAUAUAAAAUAAUAGAAUGCAUUUGUAGUAAAUACAUAAUUAACAUAAACAUUUAUGAAUGAGUACAUUUGUAAAUUAUUCAUGAUUUUAUUUAUUUUUAACAUGUUGUAGACUAACAAAAUUAAUGAAGUAGCAUGACAAAAACAACGUAACUGAAGGCACUGUGCUUGCUUUAUAUUGUUUGUCAGCCACAAUUAAGCCCCCUUAAAAUAGUAGGUGAUUUCAUAUAUAAAAGAUGACUUUUAUUUUGAUUGAAAUAACUAGUGACCAACAACGAUCUCCUGGAUGACCAUGCCAGAAUUACAAUGGUCUCUGCAGUAUAAAAUAGACCAGCUGCAAUUUACAAAUGCCAAAAAUUCAGUGUAUUAUAUUUCUCACUUCACAUUUUGGUAAUCACUUAAGUGAGUUAUCAGUCUGUACAGAUUUAUUAUCACCAAAUAUAAAGAGAGAAGUUCAACAAAAGUCAAAAUGCUUUAAACCCCAAACGAAGAUAUUUACUACAUCUUUGAAAAAGACACAUUUAGUCAUUUCCUCAUGAGACAAAGAGGAAAUACUCACUCAGGAAGUAAUGUGCAAGUUUGUCAUGAUGUUAUAACAAUCCAUCGACAAAACACAUACGCAAAGCUCACAUUAAUGCCACAAUGGAAGUUGAUUUGGCCUUGUUGAAGUCCUCAAAAGGUUUACUGAAAAUAGCAGAGAUGGUGUGUGUUUUUGUGGCUUUUGUGUCGUAUGCAGUGGCAUCUCGGCCGCCCUACAUUGCAGCGACCUGCAUAGAGUUUUUCAUCACGCUUGGUUUUUUUCUGCUCUACCUUCUGAAACUCAACAAAGUGUUCACUUUCUUCUUCUUCUUAUUGUAAGAUGUGUUCAACUCACUCUUUGCAGCUGCAUUCAUGUUUAUUCUUAGCAUGGUUGCAGUUUCAACAUUCACAGUGAAGGGCACUUUGAGCGGAGGGAUCAUGGGCUUUGUGGCUGCAGCCUUGUGGUCAUUGGAUGGCUAUAUUCUUUUCAAAAAAAUCACAUUCAACAAGCCAAGAACCACCACAAGAGCCCAAACAGGGGAAGAGUAAUGCCUCAUAACUGUGUUGACUCAUUUAGUGAGUGAGUGGGCCAUUUUUACAGCCAAAAUGAGAGUGUCAAGUAUAUUAUACUGUUGUAUGAUGUAUACUUUUGUUCAUAAAUAAUGUGCAAAAGAAUUAGAAUCACUGAAAAGACUGAAACCUACACACAAAUCUGCAAAGGGUUUCAAAUAGAUUCUGGAGGUGCAAUUGAUAAAUAAAUGCUGAGAAAAUUGUCUUUAAA